CUGAGGAACGACACACUGUCAGAUUUUUCUCUCCUUACUGCAAAUUCCAGAUUCUUCUUCUUCUUCGGCUUCAAUGGGUGGCGCCGGCGAGGAUUGGGUGAAGGCUGCCAUGGCUGAUGACGCCAUGGUGGUGGAGGUACUUGUUAGGUUACAGAAAACGCCGCCGCGGCGGGUGGUUGGGGUGAGGAGGACCGCGGCCGCCACCGCCCCUACGCUGCCGCUGAGGUGGAGCGUCCGGCAACGCCGGUCGAAGUCGAUUUCGGUCAACAACGAUAGUCUGAAGAAACCGGCGCAUAGAGCCAGUCCGACCACGCCGCUCUCGUGGAGCGGCGCGACCUCCGUCAGCGGCGGCGGCGGCGGCGGUUCGGAAGAGUGUAGCCGGUUUAAAUUCUCCAGCACAGCGAGAUCUAAGGUGAACAUCGACACCAAGAAAACCAAUUCUAGGAGGUCAAGAAAGAAGACUUUACCAGAGCUCAAAGAAGAAGAGAUCUCACUGAUGAAGGAAAGAAAAGACUUGAGAAGGGAAUUGAUAGCUUUACGCAAGAAUCUGGAGAGUGAAAAGGCUACGAACGAGAAGUUGAAGCGAAUGAAGAUUGAGUUGCAACCCCAUUUGCGAUCAACAUCCGUGGCGAAUGAAUCAACUUCGCAUACUACCCAUGAUCCGCAACCAGUAGUGGAUGCGAUGGUAGAAUCAUCUACAUCCGACGCCCAUCCUGAAGAAAACAGAGAUGCAGCAGCUACAUCCGGAUCCAAAUUUGUUCUUCCUGAUCUAAAUAUGCCAUUCGACGGGUGCUCUGGGGUUAUUUGUGGAGUGAGCUAGACAGACAGAGGGUCGGAAAGCGGAAGCAGGAACCCACAGCCGCUGCUAUUCGAAAGUGCGCAUUGGAUAAAUCUUCGGCGAACCUAAUACGCUGCGAACCAUAUGUAGCAAGUGAUCUGAGGUGUCGAAGAUUUGAACUCAUGACCUACGCUCACAAGUCCAACCCCAAAAUCACCAGAUUGUCCUUUACUAAAAAUAUUUUAAUCCAUAGCAGGCCAAAUCAAAAUAUUUUUGUAGCAUAUAAACAAGAGUUAUGAAUGACAAUCUAUUAGAGGGAAAUAAAUGUUAGAUUAUCAUUUUUUACUCUAUUUUGGGAGAAUUGUACGGUGCGCUCCGCGCCAAUUGGAGAAACACUCGUAUACAACUUUGUUUGAGGGUUUGGAUUUUGAGUUUUGAUUUGAAUAGUAAAAAAUUUGAAUUUGAA